AUGGCGACCGAGAACAAGACCAAGGGCAACACCCGAACCCUUCUCUCCGUUGCUCGAUUUGCCGCCCUUUACGCUAUUUACUACUACACAGUACGCUUCCUUGACGAAAAUUUCCUCCAAGAUGCAGAAGAACAGCUUAAAGCCCAGAAGAAGAAGGAUGAGAAGAAAGCAGAUGGAAAGGAAGAGGAUUUCAAGAUACCAGAUGCUACCCCUGAAGACGGUAUAUUCAUAUCCCUGUGGUUUCCAAGACAAAGACCAUUAGAGAUGUUCGAUGGGAGCGAGUCAGAAUGGAAAAGCAUGGUUGCCUUUGCAAGGAAUAAACAGGAAAGGAGGAGGAUAGAACAGACUUUGACUAAGUUUUUUGUUCAGCGAUACGUCAGCAAUCGGAAGCUCUUGCAGCAAAUGGGGGAGCGUACUUCCGGCGAAAUGGACUGGAAACUCCGUUCAGUAGACUUCGACUAUACCUUCCCGACCCAUAAACCUGUAGAAUAUGAGCGGUUUGGGCUAGAGAUUACAGAUGAAUCUAUGUACUUUGUGACUAGACCAAUGUCACAAUUCGAUUACAUGCGCGUCAAGAACACUAUAUGGCCCGAGGCUAUUGCACGGUCUAUCUGGAGUGGCGGAUCAAUACUCUUUGGGUCAGGAUACGACAAGAUGAAGGGGCUAUUGGAUGAGAAAAGAGGCAAAGUUGAGGAUACGAUCCCUCAGCCAGAGACCUUCAGUCUAAGCUCUGUGUCUAAUUCAGAUAAAGAAGCAGACCCCGAUUUGAGGGCAGGUGCCAAACCGGCGGGUCAGAGAGAUUCGAGCACAGAUUCAGAUAAAUCAGCGCCGCAGUCUUGUGGGUCCGAAUCAUGGAGUAAGGCCUUGAUUAUCAGCUCUCGUCCACUACUACCCAAACCGACGAAGGAUACAGCGGCGGUAGCGAAAGCGACCACGAAAACUCUAGCCCAGAGAUGGGGUCCGAAAAUUGCGCUCAAACCAGGAAUGAUUCUCAUUGACGGGACGGUGAAGAUAGAGGGGCCACGAAUUCUGACGAAGCUUCAUUGGGUUGCUCUUUAUAGGCCUCAGUCGAAGGAUUGGAUUCCUGUUUCCGGGGAAAUCAAGCAUUACUCGCUGAAGACUUUGAAGCCGCUGGGGUUCAAAGGGGAUUGA